AUGAAGCCAGGAAUAAAACCCCCCCACUUAUGGAACUGGACACCCAGAAAAUGGUUUGAAUCUGUUCUCAACGACCGUCUCUCAUUGAAACUAGACCAAAGAAACAAGGAGGAACAAGUGAAAACAAGCUUGAUUGUUAUGUCACUCAGUUUAUUUUUUAUGUAUUCCUUUGGGUUAUUGGAUCCAAAGGAUAUCAUAACAAAAAUACUCAAGGAGAGAUCGUGUGACUCAUCACCACAAAACGUAGAACCUGAGCCAGCACCAGCACCUAAAGUAAAACCACAAGAACCCCACGUUUGUCCUCCAAAGAAGAAAAAAGAGCUACCAAAAUGUCCAUGA